CCGAGUCGCGCGUAGACCCGCUACGAAUCGCGCGCAAUAUUUACGUAACUUUUCAUACUUUUCUAACAUUUAUUUUCAAGUGCUGUGACUUGUUUUGCUGACGUUUGGUGUGACUUGGAUUUAAUAUGUGUGCGUAAAAAAAUAAAAGUAAUAAUAAAAAAGAAAACUAUGGCUCCGUUGAGGAUUCCUACGGCAGAUUUUUUCACGGAUGACUUAAAUGAUUUUUUCAAUUACUCAACACAGACACCAUAUCACGAGACGCGUCACCAUGGCCGACACCGGAAUCAUUCUCACCACCACACACCGAAAAAUCAUAACAUUGAUUUGAUAUCAAAUUCAAUAAUGGACGUGAUAAAUACAAGAUUCGUUCCUGAGAACAGCGUGUUGCCGGAUCUGGAGCCGUUGUCGACGCACAUUGAGUUUGACCGAUAUCCAUUGAAAAUGAACAUAACUAUGAAUCGUUCCGACCUGGGUGUGAUUAGUGAUGAGUUUAUGUACAGGCACAGUGGAGCGAUGACUGCGGUGUACUGUGCGGCGUACCUGCUCGUGUUCGUGGUGGGUCUCAUCGGCAACUGCUUCGUGAUCGCCGUGGUGUACCGCUCGCCACGGAUGAGGACUGUGACCAACUUUUUCAUCGUCAACUUAGCGGUGGCCGACAUUCUGGUGAUCGUGUUUUGUUUGCCGGCCACGCUGAUGUCCAACAUAUUCGUCCCUUGGGUGCUCGGCUGGUUGAUGUGCAAGACGGUGCCGUAUGUGCAGGGGCUCUCAGUGGCUGCGUCCGUGUACAGUCUCGUCGCAGUCUCUCUAGACAGAUUCCUCGCAAUCUGGUGGCCGCUGAAGUGUCAGAUCACCAAGCGCCGAGCCCGCAUGAUGAUAGUCUUCAUAUGGAUAUUCGCGAUCGUUGUCACCACUCCCUGGGUAUUUUUCUUCGACCUUGUCGUUGUUUUUGAAGACAAUCCCAAUGUACGACUCUGCCUUGACGUCUGGCCUAACCCUCUUAGCGAAAUCCUCUAUUUCGUCAUCGGAAAUCUCAUCUUCUGCUAUAUCCUGCCAAUGGUCCUCAUCACAAUGUGCUACAUUCUCAUCUGGAUCAAAGUUUGGAGACGAUCCAUUCCAACCGACACGCAAGAUGCUCAAAUGGAAAGGAUGCAACAGAAAUCUAAAGUCAAAGUUGUGAAAAUGCUUGUAGCUGUUGUCAUUCUUUUCGUGUUAUCCUGGUUCCCCCUUUAUCUCAUAUUUGCGAGGAUAAAGCUUGGAGGUCCUGUUAAAAAGUGGGAGGAAGAUAUAUUCCCGGUCGUGACACCUCUCGCGCAAUGGCUUGGAGCGUCGAACUCCUGCAUCAACCCAAUUCUCUAUGCAUUCUUCAACAAGAAGUACCGGAAGGGAUUUGUGGCUAUAAUUAAGAGCAGAAAAUGCUGCGGCAGACUUCGGUACUACGAGACUAUUGCUCUGCAGUCAUCGAGUACAUCGACAAGGAAAUCUUGGCAUUAUAAUAAUAAUAACCACGCUUCUAUCACGCGUCGUUCGCCGCCAAUGGAUAAGAACGCGGUGUCGUUCAUUUUCAACCAUACCGGCGUGUAGAAGCCCAGUGGUUGGUGAAUGGAACCGGUACUCUCAAGUCUUGGGCUUGCACGGACGCAAUCCCCGAGCGCCAUGCGUCGCAACGCGUCGCGUCGCAUAUCGUGACUUGACACACUUUGUAUGCAUUUAAGGUAUGUUUUAAUUUGACAGUUUGAUGUUGUCUAGUGAAAAAAACUUUGACUUUUUCAAUAAAUUUGUAUCUAAGGUGAACAUAAUCAGUGAAUGUUUUAAGAUAUUGUAACUUUUAUACGUAAGUGUGUUAAAUGUUAAGGAGAAUUUAUUUUUACACAGAUUCGUACUUAAUAGAAGCGGGCAGCGAACGCACAUUAAGCACAAAGUUUUGUAGUAUAAUCAUUUUUUUUUCAUGUUUGACAUAUUAAUUUUUGGCUUUGAAUAAAUUUAAUAUACGUAGUAAGCAUUUAUAUAAAAAAUAAUAAAGUGAUAAAAUAGUGUCUCGUAAUAUGGCACAAAUACAUAUAAAAGUGAAUAAUUACAGUACAAAAAUGUUUUGUAGAAAAUAAGCUUUUUAAUAUGUAAUAUUGUAAUAUAGAAUACAAAAUAAGAAAAGUUUCAAAUAUUAAAUUGGAAAUUCGAUUACCUGUUAAAACUCAGAUAACUUUUAGCACUUUUAAGUACUUAAAUAUAUAAAACCGAAGAAUUGUACAAGAUAUUAAUUUUCCAGUGAGACCAUAAAACUCAAAAAUUUAUAGGCGUCAUUAAAUUGUCAACUGAGAUUUGUUAUCUUUUUUUUUUUGAUCAUAAAAUUUAAAAAUAACAUUUAGUUCGUAUCUUCGGUCUGCGCUGCGCAAAUGAAAUCAAAAGUUUUUAAAUAAUGACAAUUUUGUAUUUCCUUACCUGACAAAAUUUGCAUUAAAUUUCCUAUUGUAAAAUAUUUCAAUAUAGUUUUUCUUUAAAAACUCAUAAUAUAUUAUUUGAUAUAUUUAUUUUGAUUGGAGGAAGGAAAGCAAGGAAAUCGUAGUUUUAUUGUUAUAAUAACUUUGCCACAGUCGCUUGGAAUAGACGAACAAAUUCAUAAGAAACUACUUUUUAUAUACAACAUAAAAAUACUUAAUAUUAUUAAACAUACAUCUAUUUAUAUAAAUGUUUUUAAAAAAAUAUAAAAUAAACUAUCUUUAAUGAAAAAAAAAAAACUGAGUAGAUUAUAUUGUUUGUUUUUAUCAAAAACAAAAUAUUAUUUUUAAAAUAAAUUAUAUUUUAAUAUUCGAAUUGAUUAAUAUUGUAAUACAUGUUUUAUGUGUUAUUUUAUUUUGUUUUUAUUAUUC